AUGACAUCGAUUACUAGAAUAUCAAUCCUUCUCCUCACUUUAUCAUUGACAUUCUUCCUCGCCAUGUCAACCUUAGCAUCUGCCCAAGGCAUGAAAAAACAGCAUGCUUACAAGCCAUGCAAGCAAUUGGUCCUCUACUUCCACGAUAUAAUCUACAACGGCAAGAACGCCGGCAAUGCCACAUCAGCAAUUGUGGCAGCGCCCGAGGGAGCAAACCUAACCAUCCUGGCGGGGCAGUUCCACUUUGGGAACAUAGCCAUCUUCGAUGACCCCAUAACCCUGGACAACAACCUCCACUCCGAGCCUGUCGGCCGGGCACAAGGGCUCUACAUUUAUGACACCAAAAACACGUUCACUGCCUGGCUAGGUUUUUCUUUCGCCUUGAACAGCACCGACUAUGAAGGGACAAUCAACUUUGUUGGAGCAGACCCAAUAAUGGUGAAGACUCGGGACAUCUCAGUGAUGGGUGGGACAGGCGACUUCUUCAUGCACCGGGGCGUUGCCACUAUAAUGACCGAUGCAUUCGAGGGGCAAGUUUACUUCAGGCUUCGGGUUGAUAUCAAGUUUUACGAGUGUUGGUAACCACCAUACAUAUAUAGAUAAACGAGAAGGAUGAUCAGAGGUUAGGAGAUUUGCAUCGUAUUAAACAGCAUUAUCUUCAGAGACAUGGAUCAUCAUAUUUUGUUCUUCGUGAAAUGUUUCCUUUUACUUUAUCUUAUGCA